AUGCCAUCUCUGCCUAUCUCACCGCCACUUCCUGUUUGCCGUCCAAUCAGAACCAUGGAUGGCCGCCUGCAGGUUUCCCACAGGAAGGGGCUUCCUCAUGUUAUUUACUGUCGUUUGUGGCGGUGGCCGGACCUCCACAGUCACCACGAGCUUCGCGCCAUCGAGGCCUGCGAGUACGCCUUCCACCUCAAGAAGGAUGAAGUCUGCAUCAACCCGUACCACUACCAGAGGGUGGAGACCCCAGUGCUGCCUCCUGUUCUUGUGCCAAGACACUCAGAGAUCCUGCCAGAGCUGCCACCUCUGGACGAUUACACUCACUCCAUACCGGAGAACACAAACUUCCCUGCAGGAAUCGAACCUCCAAACAACUAUAUACCAGAAACGCCUCCUCCAGGCUACAUCAGUGAGGAUGGGGAGGCCAGCGAUCAACAGAUGAACCAAAGUAUGGAAACAGGUAUUCUAGAGUAGAAA